GUGCCUGGUGCAAAUCGAAGAAGCUUUUUCGAUGAAAAAUUUAACAAAUAUUUAAAACUACUACAAUAACCAAAGCGUUCAGUUCACGCCACCCGGUAGGCAAGAGGCAGCUGCAAAAUGCAGCAAGAAAUCAAGCAGCAAGAAAAUGCACACGGAAACUGAAAGCUAAGUGUAGAAAAAAAAGUGAACUGAAAACUAAAGGAAGGAAAGAAAUAUGUAAAGGCAAGAUAGACAAACCACAAGAUACUUGAAAAGUAAUGGAACUAAUUGCCUGACGAAAGGCGGCCAGGCCAGCCCGGGCCAGCCCAAAAAGCUAUAGCCAUUGUUCCCAACGAAAGUGAAAAUGCCAAUGCCAAGCUCAACGAGCUCUCUUGUAAUUGGAGCAAGAGGCAGUGGCAACUUGCAACAGCUAGUUGCAACUACUAGCUAGUAUAUAAAAGCAAGUGCUUGGCGCGCAUGCGCCGACAGUUGAUUUUCGCCAACAGAUCCAAAACAAGCUCGUAAUUUGCAACUUCAAUUCCGAAAUCCGCCAACUUCAGUCCGACAGUCACUAGUUGCCACUUCAGAUAUUCAAAUCGAAUCGGUGGGAAUAUUUUUGGAGACAUGAGGAAGCAUUGCAUUUAUGGGAUUUCGCUGAUGCUGCUGUUGCUCAACUUGAAUGGGAUUAAGAGUGAGCAGCAGGCCGAUGAUCACAGAAUUCAACGACGCUUCAUGUGGCAAGAGAUGAACAACUCCGUGAUGGGCGGCGUCUUGGGAAGAAUGUUCAACGGAGCCCGGGCCAUGAAGACCAUGAUAACUGAUCUGCUGCCGAAUGGGUCAGGCCACAACCAGAAGACAACCGUGGACUUCCUGCCCACCGAGAUGACCCGGGUCAAGUACAUCAUUCGGAAUCCCCACAACAACAAGCCCAUGAAGAUCAUCAAAAUGCGGCCAUCGCCCAAGAAGGUGGUCAAGUUCAGGAGACCCAUUUCCAAGCCCACAGUGACGGAGAUGACCACAGUCAUCAAGUACGACAACAGGAUGCGGCAGCUGGAGAAGGAGCAGGAGCUGAUUGCCGAGGGCAAGGCGCCGAUGACCAGCGACGAGGCCAUUAUGGAAAAGUACUUCAAGUCGAAGAGACCACGCGGUGGCUCCUCCAACGAGGUUAUCUCCGGCAAGAUCAUGGAGUACCAGAGCUGGAAGCCCGUCUACAAGCCCGGCGAACAUCCCAGCUCGUUUGUGACUCUGAAGCCCCACCCUCUGACCCGCCUGCACACGGACAUUUCCAGCGGGGAUCACGAGAUGCUGCCGAAGCCCGAGAAGCUGGUCAGCUACGAGUACGAGCGGGAUGUGGAGGAGGAGGCCGAAGCGGAGAACGAGGUGGCCAAGCAGAUGGGUCACCGCUACGAGGUCACGGAGCACACCGGCGAGGGCAGCGAGGAACUGGAGUCGGUGGCUUCCAUGGAGAGUGGUUUUGUUCCCAGCCAGGGCAUGGGCUUUAGGCAGACGGCGAGGCCCAGGACUCGCCCCUCCACCAGCAGUACCACCACCACAACCAGCACCACAGAGGCGCCCAACUACCCCGCCUCGUUCCUCAAGAAGUACCGCGAAAGGGAGGCUACUGCCACCACCACCCGGCGGCCCAGGAAACAUCACCAUCAUCACCACAACAAGGAGGUGUAUGUGAUCCGCGAGGGGGAGGAUCACUCCGAGUCCAACACCACGCCGCCCAGCUUCUCCAUGAGCAGUCUGCGAGCCCGUCUCCAGGAGCAGCAGCGCCAGCAGAAGCAGCAGCACAAGCAGCAGCUGGAGGAGGAGGAGCUGGAGUCCGCCCUGGUGGAGGCGAUGUACGGUGACAAGUGGCCCUCGGAGGUGGCGCACAGUAGCUUCCAGCUGGCCAGUCCCAUCGGCCCGAGUGCCGUGGCCUUUGAGCAGCCGGUGGCUCCCAAGGCGCCCAAAAGCCAGUACAAGCGGCAGACCCGGGAAAAUAUCCGGCAGCGAGGAUCCAUCAAGUUCGGGGAUAAGCCCAACUACGACGAGGCCUGAGGGGGAAAAUCUACAUCACUUACAGGGGGAGCAGGGUCAACCAAAGAGUCAAGGCUACACAGCUGCACAGAGAGAAA